AUGGAGAAAUACGAUGGCAUCAUACAAGAACAACUCGCUGAGGGAGUCAUCGAAAGAGUCCCACCUCCUGUGGUGACCGGAAGUGACCCUGCUCCACCUCCUGUGGUGACCGGAAGUGACCCUGCUCCACCUCCUGUGGUGACCGGAAGUGACCCUGCUCCACCUCCUGUGGUGACCGGAAGUGACCCUGCUCCACCUCCUGUGGUGACCGGAAGUGACCCCGUUCCACCUGCUGUGGUGACCGGAAGUGACCCCAUUCCACCUGCUGUGGUGACCGGAAGUGACCCUGUUCCACCUCCUGUGAUGACCGGAAGUGACCCUGUUCCACCUUCCGCUGCGAGCGGAAGUGACACAAAGAUAUUCUACAUUCCACACAGAUAUGUGGUGCGCGAGUCAGCCCAGACAACCAAGAUGAGGAUCGUAUACGACGCCUCGGCCCGUGAAACAUCCGACUCCCCGUCCCUGAACGAUUGUCUUUAUGCAGGGCCAGCUUUGCAGAACAAGUUAUGGGACGUUCUGGUACAACAGAGAGCAUUUCCAGUGGUGAUUUCGGGUGACAUCAAAAAAGCCUUCCUACAGGUUCGAGUUCGAGAAUGUGAACGAGACGCUCUCCGCUUCCACUGGAGAUCAAAUGUCGACGAGGAGAUACAAACGUACCGCUUUGCACGAGUGUUAUUCGGCCUUGCGCCUUCGCCAUUUCUACUUGGGGGAGUCCUGGAGUGCCACCUCGACUCGUGGUUCCGAAGAUAUCCGGAAGAAGUGGAGCGGUUGCGUCGCAGUUUAUACGUAGACGACAUUUUGUCUGGUGGUCAAAACACCACGGAAGCGAAGCAACGUAAAACCACUGCGAUUGAAAUUAUGGACGAUGGAAAAUUCACACUACACAAAUGGAACUCCAACGUCCCAGAGCUGGAAGACAACCUCAACGAGAGCCGCGACGAACAGUCGUUUGCUAAACAGCAAUUGCAAGUGAAGCCAGGCGAGUCGAAGUUGUUAGGUCUAAAAUGGGACAAGACCACAGACACUAUGUCGGUAGAAUUUCCUGCCAGUGCACCGGCGACCACCAAGCGUGAACUCCUUGCAAGUUUAGCAAAGAUCUACGACCCGUUGGGACUCGCAUCACCGAUUAAGUUGCAAGGCAAACUAGUGUUUCGUGACGUGUGCGACUCCAAAAUCGGAUGGGAUUCCAAUCUCCCCGAUAAUCUUCAAAAGCGUUGGCUAAAGUUCGAGAAAUCCCUUCCCAAACGAAUAAGUAUUCCACGACCUCUCGCCCCAUUCCAUGAGCCUGUCGUUUCGGCCGAAUUACACCUGGAGGAGUUACAACGUCCCUAG